UUUUCCUGAAGCUCUCGGGCUGUGACGUGUCGCGCUGACGGCGGCCUCGGAGCUUGGAGGAGCGGGGGGCUACUAGCAUGACAAGAUCAGGCUCCAGACGCUCUGCCUUGCUUUGAGUGGAGCUCCAGAUACAUCCCCCGACCCCUCCUUCUCGACUCCUCUGCGGCCCGCCCAAAUAACGCCAAAUACCCGAUUGAAUCGAGCCCGAGUCUGGGGUAGUGGGGGGGUGACCAAGCGGCCCUUGUAAGCCGAGGAGCGGACGGAGGCCAUCCCUGCUGCAUCUGGUACGGGGCUCCUUGUUGCUCCUCUCCAGUAACAAAUGCAGUGCAAGGACAAUGGACGAGGAGGUCACCAGACUUUCAAUAUCUUCUGAAGAGCCUAAAAUAAUAUUACACGGAUCGGAUGAGGGUGGUGCCGGCGGGCAGGAGUUUGUUGUGGAGCUUCAAGAGACUUUGUUGGUGUCAGAGGGCGAGGGUGAAGGCAUGGCGGUGCACAGGUUUGCCCCAGACGAGCUAGUCAUCCAGGAUGCUGUUGAGGAUGUGGUAUCUGAGUAUGUGCACUGCGAUGAAGAUGAAGAUGUCGCUGUAGAAACCUGCGUGAUGGCCUUGGAUGGUGAGGAGGAAGGCGUCGCUAUGGGUGACAUCCCCGAAGAUGGCCUCGACCCCGAGCAGCAGGAUGAUGACCAAGAUAGUUGUGGCGAUUAUCUGAUGAUAUCAUUGGAUGAAGCUGGCAAAAUGGUGUCAGAGGAUGGGACAGAGGUAACGGUUCAGGGAGCAGUGGAGGACCAAGAAGUGGAGAAGGAUGAAGAUGGACAGGAGGUAAUAAAGGUCUACAUCUUCAAAGCUGACUCUGGGGAGGAUGACAUGGGAGAAUCAGUGGACAUCAGCGAUGGGGACAUGGAUAAUGUGGCACUGACAGAUUCGGGCCAAACACUUCGAGAGAAAAUGGUUUACAUGUCUGUCGACGAUUCUCAUCACCAAGAAAACCAUGUUGUGGAGGAUAGCGAGAGCUGUGAAAACCGCAACGGAGCCGCAAGCGCACUCCUGCACAUCGACGAAUCGGACGGGGUUGAUGAAAUAGGCCGACAGCGCAACAAGACCAAGCGGCGAUCCGAACCACGACAAGUCCAAACAGCCAUCAUCAUCGGUCCCUAUGGUCAACCUCUGACGGUGUAUCCCUGCAUGCUUUGUGGCAAAAAGUUCAAAUCGCGUGGCUUCCUAAAGCGGCACACAAAGAAUCACCACCAGGAGGUUCUGACCCGAAAAAAAUACCAGUGCACAGACUGUGACUUCACCACCAACAAGAAAGCCAGCUUGCAUAACCACAUGGAGGUGCAUGCCCUGAGCACCAAGGCUCCUUUUGAGUGCGAAGCGUGCGGCAAGGAGUUCCACCAGCAGGCGGCGCUGUUUUCCCACAGACUGCAGCACCACCAUCGGGAAGCCAAGAGUCAGCAGCAGCAGCCGCCGCCUCCGCCGCCAGCCGCCAAGACGCACAAAUGCAAGUUCUGUGAGUAUGAAACAGCUGAGCAAGGACUGCUCAACCGACACUUGUUGGCCGUUCACAGUAAAAGCUUCCCGCACAUUUGCGUGGAAUGUGGGAAAGGUUUCCGUCACCCCUCCGAGUUGAAGAAACACAUGCGCACGCAUACAGGCGAGAAGCCUUACUCCUGCAUAUAUUGCGAUUACAAGUCAGCUGACUCGUCCAACCUCAAGACUCACAUCAAGACGAAGCAUAGCAAGGAGAUGCCGUACAAGUGCGAGCGCUGUUUCCAGACGUUUGCCGAGGAGGAGGAGUUAAACCAGCACGGACUUACGCAUGAGGAAAAUAAGACCCACCAUUGUGCCCACUGUGACCACAAAAGUUCCAAUUCCAGCGACCUGAAACGGCACAUCAUAUCCGUGCACACCAAGGACUACCCGCAUAAAUGCGCCGUUUGCGGCAAAGGCUUCCACCGGCCGUCCGAACUCAAGAAGCACUCGGUGGCCCACCGCACUAAGAAAGUCCACCAGUGCCGACACUGCAACUUCAAAAACGCCGACCCUUUUGUCCUCAGUCGCCACAUCUUGUCUGUCCACACCAAGGAACAGCAACAGGCCUCCCCUGAAAAGAGCGAGGCCAAGAGGACAGAGACAGACUCUCCCGCUGCGUCCCCUAAAAGGUCUGCCCCUAGCGCCUCCGCAGCCGCUUCCGGCCCGCCCGCUAGAGUGAGCGCAGCGAGCCUAGCGAGCAGCGUGACCGUGGUUAUCGGCAAAGGACAGAAAGAGCGCCGAAUUUACCAGUGCCAGUACUGCGACUACAGCACGGGCGACGCGUCGGGAUUCAAGCGGCACGUGAUUUCCAUCCACACCAAGGACUACCCGCACCGCUGCGAGAUUUGUUCGAAAGGCUUCCGACGACCGUCGGAGAAGAACCAGCACAUCUUGCGCCACCACAAAGAUGUGGUCCAGGCAGAGUAAUAGGACGGCCCAUCACACCCUCAGCACUGCACCACUCACGUGAAACUAUGUGGAGUGUUUGCUGCACUUAGACUGUCCUCUUGUUUACAGUGAACCCCCGUUUAUCAUGGAUAUGUUCCAAGAGGUGAAACUUUUACCCCUUCCUUAUAUAUAUUUUUAAGGUCCUGUUUUAACCAAAACAUUACUGUCAUGAAAUCAGAAACUACUUGCUUGCGUGGUUCUCCAAAUAAGGCAAAGCAUGUGUGUUUCAAGAUGUAUUUGGUGCAUCACAUUAGAAGUUUACUGCAAAACACAGACAAUUAAAAAAAUAUAUAUUUUUAAUUUAAACACCAAAGCAGUCAAUCACAUCUGGAUUUCCACUAGCUUGUUCCUAGCAUAAGCCAAACAGGUGUUAGCAUAGAUGUUACAGCAAUUGCAAACAACCGGUGCUUAUGCACACAAAGCAACACAUAAAAUAAUAUUUGGCUUUGGUAUAAAAGUCACAAAGGAUGGCUUUAAAAUUGUCUUAUCGUGUCGCGGGGGUUCACUGUAGUAAUCUUUUACACUGUCAACCUCCUGUCUCUUGGCUUGUAUACACAUGUACAUAACACCGAUGAUGUCGGUGAGCAGCAGAACUCUGUAGACUUGCACUUUUUACUGCAUGAUUGGGGUGGGGGGGGGGGGGGGGAGGUUGCAUGGCGGAUAAUGCAGAUGUCUCUUUUUGAUACCCUUUUUCAUUUUGCAGACUGCAAUUGUAACUGUCCUCAUUUCAUUUCCCCAAACCUGUGUGUAAGGUGCGUCUCUGAGUCCCAGUGUACUUAGAGCAGUCUGGAUUAGGAGCAUAUUUGCUGUAGCGCUUGACACUUGGGUAAAGGCUUUUCUCAAAAAGUAUGUGCCAAUUAUGUAUGACUGACUUAAAGCAUUUGUGUUUCCCGAUGCUGGAACGGUGACUUGCAUUUUGUGACCAAUAGCCAACGCUCCUUGGCUCAUAAAUGAGAAACAAUCAUUCGGAGAUUGGUAUACAAAGUCGCACGAUCAGUGAAAAUUCGACAAAUUGUGGAUCAGUGAGUGAUUAGAAUCAGACAAUAUUUAGCCAAUACAAAAAAUGCCUAAAUAGUGACUCGUAUCUGUAGUGGAGGGGCGACUAUGAGGUGCUGCAAGCUGUAAAUGAACUGUCUAUUUUUUUUUCAACAACACACAAUGCUCUUACCAGAAGGGAAAAAAAUGUAAAUGUUUGUAGAAGCAACUUCAGAAGACAGGUUCUUGUGGUGUACUUUUUACAUUUACCCCCUCACCCUUGUGGUUUGUUUUUUAUAUUUAUUUCAUUUACAAGUUGUUGUAUAGUUAUGUGUAACUAGACUUCUAUGGGACGUAAAUUAUUGUUUUGUAUACAAAUCUGUAUAAAGUGUGUAGAUGUUAAAACA